AUGUGGCGGCGCGCGAUUGCAUGGCGCGUGGGGCGCUUCAGCGAGAAAGAGCAGUGCGCUGUGCGCUCCCCCCGUGCGUCGCUCGGCUUCUCACCUCUGCCACCCAAGCCCAUGGCUAAGCCGCCCAGCAAGAAGCCCAGGCCCAGGGAUGUGAUGGGUACCGCUGUUGCUGUGAAGCCCAGAGCGGUGCAGAGCGGUCAAGCGACCGUCGCAGCUGCAGCAGUCAAAGCCACGCCAGCCAAGGCGACGCCAGCUAAGGAGGCGCCAGCUAAGGUGACGCCGAUUAAGGCGACACCUGCUAAGGCUACGCCAGCUAAGGCGACGCAGGCUAAGGUGGCGCCAUCCAAGGCGACGCCAGCCAAGACAACGUCGGCUAAGGCGACGCCGCCAGCUAAGGUGACGCCGAUUAAGGCGACACCUGCUAAGGCUACGCCAGCUAAGGCGACGCAGGCUAAGGUGGCGCCAUCCAAGGCGACGCCAGCCAAGGCAACGCCAGUUAAGGCGACGCCGCCAGCUAAGGUGACGCCAGCGACACCAGCUAAGGCGACUCGUGCAAGUCCUGCUACCGCGGUAGGUGUGAAGGCUGCAGGUGCAAGCAGCCCAGCAGCAGCAGCAGCAGCAGCAGCAGCUCCUCUCACCAUGAAGGCGGGUCUUGGUGUUGUGGGAGAGAUGGGAGGAGAGGUGGAGGAAUGUGGUGAGCUGGAAUGGGGAGGCAUGGCAUGA